AAUCACCUGUGCAAAGGUUAUUAGACACCAGCAUACAGAGCACUUGUUAGACUUCACUCCUACAUUCUGCCCAGCCACCUCACACACUACAGGGGACGAAUUAAAUGGCUAAUUUCAAGGGGCAUGCUCUUCCCGGCAGCUUCUUCCUUCUGUUUGGCUUAUGGUGGUCAGUGAAAUACCCUCUGAGAUACCUGAACAACAAGGUUAAGGGAAACUGUCGAUCCAACAGGUGUUACCAGCGACUGGAUCUUAUUGAGGGGAUUCUAAAGGCUUUAUUUGCACUAGUGGGGAUUCUUGCUGAGCAGUUUGUUCCCGAUGGGCCUCACAUGCAUCUUAUUACUGGUGACUCCUGGGUGAAACUAAUGAACUGGCAACAUUCAACCAUGUACUUAUUUUUUGGCAUCUCCGGGGUGGUGGAUAUCCUAACUUAUUUACCCCUGAAAGUGCCGCAGGGCCUGGACCGACUCAGCUUAGCAGUAGCUGUGUUUAUUGAAGGUUUCCUUUUCUAUUUCCAUGUCCAUAACCGUCCUCCGUUGGAUCAGCACAUUCACUCCUUGCUUCUGUUUGCUGUGUUUGGGGGAGCAGUUAGUAUUAUGAUCGAAGUGUUUAUAAGAAACCACAUUGUUCUUGAAUUGUUCCGCUCCAGUCUCGCCAUACUCCAAGGAACUUGGUUUUAUCAAAUCGGUUUUGUGCUGUUUCCACCUUGGGGAGGCCCCGAAUGGAAUCAGACUGAACACGAAAACAUUAUGUUUAUCACAAUGUGCUUCUGCUGGCACUUCGCGGUAGCAUUGUUUAUUAUGGGCAUCAAUUAUACCUUGGUGUAUUGUUGUGUAACAAGGCACAAGAAAUUGUCCGGUGGCGUGAAUAUCAGCAUCCGUAAACUGAACAGUAAGUGUGAAGCACAGGCCGCUCUACUAGAAGCUUCUGAGGAGGAAUAACGUGUACGUCAGUAUCAGGACUCUGGCUGGGAGAAUGAAAGAAUAAACAGAAAACCAUUAUCCAUGCACUGAAAAUAAUUAUUGGAUGUACAGGACAUGUAUUUGUAUUAUGGGAACUUUGUCUGCUAUUGGGGGGGUGGAUACGCUCACCAUGGAACAAUAAGGAAGUGAGACAGUUUUACCGCUACAGUAAAACCCCACUGUGUUUAAUUACUGUUGAUGAAGCGACUUUGGAAUUUCAAACUUCACUCAUUUUGUAUUUAUUUGGAAAAGAAGAGUAUUUCUGUAUUUCAAAACUUUGUAAAGAAACUUUUUUUUUUUUUUUUUCCAUCAGUGAUCAGUUUUAGAAAUUAACAAUUUGAUCAAGAAGUGCCAUUGUGGCCUAGUGUAUAGCUAAGGAACUUUGAAAACAAGAGGUUUAGAGUUCAAAUCUGGGUCUGGCUGUUGGGCUUUCAUGCUGCACGCCCUUCCAACAAUUUGACCAAUUAAGGAUCUCUUUAACGAAUGUUUUUGUUAAGUUUAAAUGAAUAUAAAUUGCACUGAAAUCCA